UCGUGACCGAUUCCACGCGGGCCGGUCUCGGGGAUCCGAGCCACUCAGCCCCAGUCAGUGUAGCUCGAAGUGUCACGAGGAAACUGGUGCUUCUCUCGUCAGCCACCUCACCUACUCGCUGAGUCGAUGUGGAGAGCAUGGGCGUCCCGGGCGUGUGUGUUGGUGUCGCUUACUCUGUGGGUGAUUGGAAAUUCGUGGGCGGCGGCGCUAGAGGGCAGCACACACGGCGGCGAGGGCGCGGGCGGCGACGGGAACGCCAGCGCCCAUGACGACGGCAACGGCAGCUGCCACAGCGAGGAGCACGAGGGCGGGAUCCACCUCAUGUCCUUCCGGUGGCACGAAGUGGGCGUCUACUACACCGUCACCACCUUCGUCAUCGUCGCUGGACUCUGCAAAGAUGUUAACCAAGGUUCCUCUAAUAUGGCGCCAGGGACGCUCCGUAGAUUCGCGGGGAGAUGGGCGCCACUAACAGCGAGAAGGGACAGGAAGAGGACGGGACUCAUAUGCAAGCAUAGAGACCUGGAGUCAGGGUGA